AUGACCCUGAUCCGCACCACAAAGAGCACUCAACAUGGCAUGGUUCUCCCUUUCACCCCGCUCACCCUCUCAUUCCACAACGUCAACUACUCUGUUGACAUGCCCGCCGAGCUAAAAGACAAGGCGGGGCCGCCCGACCAGCGGCUGCAGCUGCUGCAUAAUGUGUCUGGCGUGUUUCGUCCCGGAGUGCUGACCGCCCUGAUGGGGGUGUCUGGGGCAGGGAAGACCACGCUAAUGGAUGUGCUGGCAGGGAGGAAGACCGGGGGAUACAUAGAAGGGGAUAUCCGCGUGUCUGGGUACCCGAAAGUGCCGGAGACGUUUCUGAGGGUGUCGGGGUAUUGUGAGCAGGAGGACAUUCACACGCCCCAGGUGACCGUGCACGAGUCCCUCCUCUACUCCGCCUGGCUGCGCCUGCCCCAGGAGAUCGAUAGAGAUGUGAUCCUGGUGAGUGGAUGGAGUUCGUUCGUGGAGGAGCUGGUGGAGCUGGAGGCGGUGAAGGGCGCGCUGGUGGGGACGGCAGGGCGGGACGGGCUGGCGGUGGAGCAGAGGAAGCGGCUGACCAUCGCAGUGGAGCUCGUCGCCAACCCCGCCAUCAUCUUCAUGGAUGAACCCACCUCAGGUACCACCUCCCCCUCAGUCAAUACCUCCCCCUCAGGUAACACCUCCCCCUCAGGUAACACCUCUCCCUCGAGCAUUGCCUGCCCACCUCCUCAGGCAACCGCUGUGCAUCAGAUUACACCUCCCCCUCAAGCAGCACCUGCCCAUCAGAUAACACCUAUUCCCUGCUUGCCUCUCUCUCCAUCCCCACACCCUGAGCAGGCCUGGAUGGAUGCAAAGGCAGCGGCCAUAGUGAUGAAGGCGGUGCACAACACACCCGGCGCCAGCCCUGCAGUGUGGAUGCUGGAGGUCACGGCGCCAGCAGCAGCAGAGAGGCUUGGAGUCGACUUUGUCCACCUGUUCCGCCAGUCAGAGCAGUUCAGGUCCGUAUUGUUGGCCAUUCCGGAAUCCAGUUGUGCCUCUCAAAGGCGCUCCGGACGUGUUCUUCCCAACGCAGCACCCCACAACGCCGCUCUCCCAGUUCACAACGAACCCGUGGAAGCGGCACUGCAUGUACUGGCGCAUGCCCGACUACAACGGCACCGCAUGUACUGGCGCAUGCCCGACUACAACGGCACCGCAUGUACUGGCGCAUGCCCGACUACAACGGCACCGCAUGUACUGGUGCAUGCCUGA